AUGUGGGUGAUUGUGUGCGUGUUCUGUCUCUCUCAGUACAUUAUAGCUCAGCUACUAGAGGCUAAGUCCAAAAGAGCCCUGCCCCAAUUUAUCUGCAGCAUUCCAGGUUUGCCAGGAGUACCAGGAAUGCUUGGUCCCCUGGACCCCGGACAUGUCGGAAUUCCAGGAAGAGAUGAGUGGGAUGGACGGAAGGGGGUAAAGGGAGAAAAAGGAGAUCCAGGCAUCAGAGGCAGAGUUGGGCUGACGGGGAAGCUCGGGGAGCAUGGAGAGAGGGGUUUUACCGGCAGACGGGGCCCUGAGGGUGAUCCUGGAGUUUCAGGGCCUCCUGGUCCCUCAGGAUAUCUCGGACAAAAGGGAGACAAUGGUCAACGUGGCCCACUGGGAGCAUCGGGCGUCUGCAGGUGUGGAAGUUUGGUUCACAAAUCCGCCUUCUCUAUAGGCAUCACCAGUAGCUACCCUGCUGAGCAAGCACCGAUCAAGUUCAACAAAGUCCUGUUUAACGAGGGUGGCCACUACAACCCAGAGAUUGGAAAAUUCAUCUGCGCAUAUACAGGAAUCUACAACUUCUCAUAUGACAUCACUCUGGCCAACAAACACCUUGCCAUCAGACUAGUCCAGGACGGACAGUACCGCAUCAAAAUGUUUGAUGCCAACACCGGCAACCAUGAUGUUGCGUCUGGCUCGACGGUGAUGUUUCUGAACCCAGAGGAUGAGGUGUGGCUGGAAAUCUUCUACAGGGUCCAGAACGGGUUGUUCGCUGACCCCGGUUGGGCUGACAGUCUCUUCUCUGGGUUUUUACUUUACGCAGAUACAAAUUACCUGGAUACACUGUCGGAAGACUACAAAUAG